UCAAACGACAGGUCGUGAGUGUCCCUUGUAAGACAAUUAAAAAUUUCGACCAAUUUCGGCCUUUCAUGUAAAAAAAGUGCUGGCAGGCACUCUCGAUAUACACAAUGUAACGACAUUAUAAAGAGAGCUUUAAUUUCUGCAGACAUACCAAGCAUUAGGGAACCACUAGGUUGUAGUAGAACAGAUGGAAAAAGACCGGAUGGUCUUACAUUAAUACCAUAUAAACAAGGACGCUCAUUAAUAUGGGACUUUACAUGUACAGACACUUUUGCCCCCUCUUAUCUCUCUCACACACUUAGACAUGCUGGCACAGCAGCAAAACUAGCCGAGACCAAAAAACACAAACUUUACUCUGAACUUGAAAAACAAUACAUUUUUGUUCCGGUGGUCGUCGAGACAUCAGGAGUAUGGGGGACGGAAGGGUUGAAGUUCAUCCAAGAUGUUGGGAGGAGGAUGAAGGAUGUCACUGGACCAAUGUCAACAACAUUUCUCAUUCAACGGAUCAGUUUGGCAGUUCAACGCGGGAAUGCAGCAUCAAUCGUGGGAGCUGUCCCCAGUCAACGAGGAUUAGAAGAAUUAUUUUAUAUUUUAAAUGAUAGGUCAUGUUAUUUACAAAAAUCUUGUAAGGGGCCGAAUGGUGAUCUCGGACGCCUAUCCGGAUCAAGUAAAGGUUUUCCCAACCCACCAACAUCGGGUUUUUCCUCUACUCCCCAAGCCAACUAAGUGUAUUUUAUAAUUUAUCAAUGUUGAUGUUAAUAAAUCGGAACACAAUUUCGACCAAUCUAAACCCGGGUUCUUAGGGUGUCAUCAAGAAGUGACGAUUUUGACUAUGAAUCUACCGCAUUGCCACUCGCCAUUAUGUACCCCAUUCUAAUCUCAAACCACGCCCGACCAAAGAAUUAUGAAGAGGCUGACCAUAAUAUUCCCAUGGAUGUUGCUGAUGCUAGUCCCACCCAGCACUGCAAUUGACCCAGAAAUGGUUCUGCACGACUUGACGGAAAUGGAGAAGUUUUUAUGCCUAAACAAGAGCCACUGUCCAUUCAAGGACACCCCGCUGGGCUCGCCCUGCAACUCUGACCUCUUUGAAAAGUACGGACCCGUUCACCUGAAUAGCGAAGGGACGAAGGACGAGUACAACGAGACUUACACAAAGUUGAAAGCGAAAAUCAACUCAUCAGAGGUCAACCCGAUUGACGUUUGCUUCCACACCAAAUAUUUCCUGGAAUGUGACAUCGUUAAGAAGUCGUGCAGGUGUGCGGAUAAGGGCGUGUUUGCCCACUACCACUACGUUCAAGUUGAAGGCCAGUGCCGAAUUGGGAAGAACGGUCGUUGCAACCCGGGGACGCCGAUGGUUCUCACCUGCGUCGAUGGGACCAAUUGCACGGCGACGGGAAAGCAGUACAGCUCCAGCAGCCAGCAGUACACUUGUUCCUACUCCCUCUCCGCCUACCUCCCUCACCUUCGGGACUUGACCUUGUGGGCCAUGUUCGUGGGGGUGGCCCUCCUCUGGGGAGAAUAACUCUGAGGCCAACGUCGUCACAGUCGUUUUGUUGAGCAACCGCUUAAUUGCAUGUCAUUCUGUUAUUGCUAAUCAUGUUCCCAUCAUAAAAGUUUACCUCGUGUGUCGGCUUUUUGUAUAUUCUCAAAUUCAGAUAAAAUUGUGAAAUUUCAAACCCGAAAUUGCAUUGCUUAAUUAAUACAUUCAACAAGAAUAGCCAUUUGAUGUGUAUGUGCUUUUUUAAAUGAGAUUUGCUCCCCGCACUGGGGGGCAGGUUGAGAUUGGCCGACGGGGCUCGCAGAUGCGAGCUAAACUACUCGUAAGUUAUAAAUUAUAAGAA